GGCCAGAGGCUCGGCAAUGCUGCCGCCCGUGUGCUGCCAGCGGCGGAGCGGAUCUGCUGCCCGUGCGCUGGCGCUGGGCUGUGCCAUGGGACACAGCUGCCUCUUGGGCCCAGCCAUGCCCCAAUUGCUGGGGCGCUCCUUGGGCCGGGGCUCGCAGAGGCGGGAGCUGAGCCCGGCCGGGGCGGAGCUGGCGGCGGCCGACAGGAGGCGGCACGGCCGGAGCACAGAGCCGGGGCUCAGGGGCCAGCGAGGCUCGGCCGGCGGAGCGGCGGCAUGCGGCGGGCUCGGGGCGCGGCGCUGGCCGCGCUGGCCGCGCUGCUGCUCGCAGCUGUGGCCAGAUCCCAGGUUCAGCAGGAGCCGUCGCUGGAGACCACCGAGGGCACCGGCAUCAACAUCACCUGCUCACAUCCCAAAAUCCAGACCAACGAAUGGAUCUCCUGGUACCGUCAGCUGCCGGGCCGCGGACCCGAACUCGUCGCAUUCACUAUUAAAGAGUCCAAGGAUGUGCCGGCCAUUGCGGGUCGUCUGUGGGUGUCGGCAGAUCGGCGCUCGAGCGCGCUGUGGCUCGGUUGGCCCCGGCGCGGGGACGCGGCCGUGUAUUACUGCGCGCUGGGCGCACGGGCAGAGGGGCCGGGGCUGCGGCCGGGCACGAACCGCCGCGGGCGGGGCCGGGGGCACAGCGCCGGCCGCGGCCAGCAGGGGGCGCUGCCCCGAGCCCGCCGGGCCCCGCGCGGCUCCGCAGCUCCUUGGUGUGCCCCGAGCCCGCCCGCAGCGACCCCGCACAGCCCCGCACGGGCCCGGACACACGCCUGCCGCCUGCCCCCUAAGCUUACACACUCGCCUGGACACACGCCUGCCGCCUGCCCCCUAAGCUUACACACUCGCCUGGACACACGCCUGCCGCCUGCCCCCUAA